GGAAACUGUUUACUUACGCGCUUAGAGUCUUGUAGCUUAGUGUAUAGGAAUUGAAUCGCGUACGAUUAUGAAAGCCGCUUGAUUACGCGCACGUGAAUUUCAUUCUCCUUGUCGGCGCAAUGUUCGUGUGUUGUCAUGAAAAUAUUCAGUGAAAUUUCAUUAUAAAUAUCCUACCACGUUUUGCGGUAAUUUUCUAGAAUAAAAAAAUUCGCGUGUGCUUCGAUAUAUCAACCGAGAUAAACCUCAUUAACUCGAUAACUAAAUAGAACGAACUAAACUAAAUAGAGAAACAAACUGAAUAAUUUUUACAUACAAUUGCAUGACGAAUUAUCGUUUUAUCUUAGUUGGAAGACCGCUCGAUGUAAAAAUAGAUCAAAUAUCAAUCAAGCUGAGCAAAUUUCCCUAAUCUUGCAACGUGAGAGCAAAAAAUGAUAUUUAUAAGGAUGGUUUCUAUGUUACUCGAGCAUUAGUCGAAGCAAAGUUGUAACGAGUGUAUAGUUGAUCGCGAUGUCGAAGUUACUUUUACUGUUGAUAUCGAGUUUCGUCGGUGCCACACUGGCAGCACCAUCCUACUCUUACUUGGCGGAGCGGCAGAGCUUGAUUCAAGAGGAGAAAAAGCUGCAGUUCGGUCAUGAUAUCGUUUUGAGCGACGCCGAAGCGAGGGCGAACCUGUGCUUGAUGAGGGCCAAAACCGAAGAAAUCAAUAAUGGACUUCGACACCCCGACGAAUUUUUGCCGGCACAAAAUUUCCUGCGAGCUCGCGAGAGCAUCGAGGAAUCGAAGGUUUUCCGCUUGCUGCAGCGGAUGCCCAAGGGCGGCCUGUUUCACGCGCACUCCACGGCCCUCCGCUCGGUCGACGAGCUGAUGAAAUAUCUCGACGAUCCCGAUCUCUACAUCUGCUUCCGUGCCAACGACAAGAUCGUCUUCAGGUUCGCCGCGGCGGCGCCGGAGGACACGGCUCAGUGCGCCGGAUGGCAGCUCCUUCGAGGAUUGCGUCGUCGUAACAAGUACAUUGACGAGGAGAUCAGAGAUCAGUUGCUGCUGGAUAUUGACGAGUCGACUGACAUCAACGCCGUCUGGGACUCGUUCGAGAACGUGUUCGAUGUCAUUUCCGGGAUCGUCAAAUUCAGACCGAUUUUCGAGAAGUACCUUUACGAAUCGAUGCAAGAACUGUACGACGACGGAGUCAUGUUCAUGGAAAUUAGAACUCCCUUCUCAGCCCUCUACGAUCUCAAUGGCAACGAAUAUUCGCCCUUGCAAGUCGCCGAGAUCAUGCAGGAGGUUUCGAAGCGUUUUUGCGCGAGCCAUACGGAAUUCUUGGGUAUCAAGACGAUUUUUUCGGUAUUCAGAGGAAAAUCCCUGGAGCAGGUCGAGCGAGCCAUCGACACCUAUCACGAGGUAAAGACAAAGUAUCCGGACUUUGUUCUUGGAUUCGAUUUGAUAGGGCAGGAGGACAAGUUCAAUCCGCUGAUGUUUUACUCGAGUCAGCUGCAGAAGCUCGGCGAGAGCACGCAGUUCUUUUUCCACGCCGGCGAGACCAACUGGUACGGCCAGGACUCCGACUACAAUCUCGUGGACGCGAUUCUCCUCAAUACCAAGAGGAUCGGUCACGGCUACGCCCUGAUCAAGCACCCGAAACUGAUGGAAAUAGUGAAGCGGAAAAAGAUCGCCAUCGAGCUGAAUCCCAUCUCGAAUCAGGUACUGAAGCUCGUCGCGGACAUGCGCAAUCAUCCGGCCAGCUAUCUGUUCGCCGAGGACUUCGCGGUGGUGGUGUCGAGCGACGACCCCUCGAUCUGGGGCGCCAAGGGCCUGAGCUACGACUUUUACGAGGCCUUCGUGGGCAUCAUGUCGAGCGAGGCCGAUUUAAGGGCGCUCAAGAAGCUUGCCCUCAAUUCCAUCACCUACAGCGGCUUGAACGAGGCCGAGCAGCUCAGGGCAUUGGACAUAUUCGCGGCCCAGUGGUCGAGAUUCGUCGCCGAACUGCCGGAGAGUCCCGUGUGUCGUCGGCUACAGACUAGUCGAGCUUGAGAUUUCCGAGAUACGAGCGAGCUGAUACGAUAUUCGCGCGCACAACGUUAUAUCAACGUUCAACUUUGUAAAUAUAAGAGAGAGACGUAAUAUCGCGCCCGUUCGUGUCAAACAGUAUUAUGAUGUAUUCAAAGAGAAAGAGGGAGAGAAAAUUUGCGUAAUCAGUCGAAAUUUUAUCGGACGACAAAUUAUGUUGUGUAUACUGUAUUAGAUGUUAAGUGUUGAGUUUAUAUGCUAAUUGUGCCAUACGAAUUUUUUUUUUGCAAUAAAAAAGAAAAAAUGUUA